AAAUGAGCGCCGUCAGGCACGUUGUCACUCUGAGCGAGCGAGACAGCGGAAAAAGCGCUGGUGUGGGCAGCGCUGCUACAGCGAUGCUACAGUUCGCCUCCUCCUGCCUCAGAGAAAGAGCGUCUCUCAUCUGAACCGCUUCAGCACUUCAUCCGGGCCCGUUUCCUUCCUACACAGCUGACUUUUCAGUACAGCGGAGCUGCAGUUCGCUUGUGUGUGUGUGUGCUGAUCGUUGCGUGUGUGUCUGCUUCCCCCUUUUGCUGUCUCAAUAGGACUUCACCAGCCACCCCUGCUUUGUCUGGGUGUAAUGCUUUGACGGACUGUUCCACCAUCCACCCUCGAGAUGCACAUGAAUAGCUUAUUGAACCAGUGGACUGAGAUCCCCAGGAUGUGUGAAGUGGACGUGUCAUCAGAGCCCACCAGCCCCACUCUGUACGGAGAGUCAUCGGACAAGUACUAUCAUGUUGACCGCUGGCAGAAGCUGCGCACGGCUGUAAGAAAGCUGGAAUUCUGGGAAAACUUUAGCCAUGAGCUGAUUGGCAGUGGAUUCUUCUCUAAAGUGUAUAAGGUGAUGCACAACAACACGCGCAAGGUGAUGGUGGUGAAGAUUUAUAAGAAUGAUGUUGACCAGGACAGCAUUGUGAGGGAGAUCAGCCUGUUACAGAAACUUUCUCACCCCAAUAUAGUGAGGUAUCUGGGGAUCUGUGUGAAAGAGGACAAGCUGUACCCGAUUCUGGAGUAUGUCAGUGGUGGCUGUCUAGAGGAGUUGUUGGCUAGGAAGGAUGUUCCUCUUUGCUGGAGAGAGAAAGUAGACCUGGCCUCAGACAUCACACGAGGAAUGAUCUACCUGCAUUACAAAAACAUCUACCACAGAGACCUCAACUCCAAGAACUGUCUGAUAAGGGUGACUCCCAGAGGCAGAGAGGCUUUGGUCACAGACUUUGGCUUGGCCAGGGAGGUGGUAGAACUUCCUAUGAAAGACAGGAAGCUUUCACUGGUUGGAUCUGCCUUCUGGAUGGCUCCAGAGAUGCUGCGUGGAGAGCCUUACGACCGAAAGGUAGAUGUGUUCUCCUUUGGGAUCGUAUUGUGUGAAAUCCUGGCCAGAAUCCCAGCAGACCCAGAAAUCCUUCCAAGAACUCAGGACUAUGGUUUGGACGUAUCAGCAUUCAGGAACAUGGUUACAGGCUGCCCACAGCGUGUAUUGGACCUGGCGGCCAGUUGUUGUUUGUUGGAAGCGUUUCGGAGGCCCUCGUUCACAGAGUUGCUGGAUGAGCUGUCGGAGAUCGCCGAGACCUUGGAGCCCCCCCCACUUACUGAGCUGACCACCGGCUGAGCUUCACACCAUCUCCACUGUCCCACCAGUCCCACAGGGAACCCACAGUUCUGUACAUAGACCUGAGAACAGCAUAAUAAUGACUUUGACUGCUCAUACCGGGAUCUCUCAGGAUAGAUGAGCUCUGACUUCAAAGAAUGACUCUUCCUUUUGACUUGGAUAGUAUGAGCUGCAUGACAUACAGAGCUACAUCAGGAGACCAAAGGCAAUGUCGUUUAACCUUGCAGAGAGAAUUUUCCUUUACUUUAUCAAUAAGAAUACAGUACAGCAUAAAAUAAGAGGCAGAUCUCAGCUCAGUUGCCUUUCAGAUCUUAAUACUGUUAUGCAGAUGUAGAUGGAGGAGUUGCUGCUCAAUUGAAUGAUGUAUUUCCAGAAUCAUUUCAUACUUCAUGAACAGCAUGUUUCAUGAACAGUUCUUUUUUUAAAGCCUUGAACAGUGAGAUUUGUGACUCAGCAGCACUGAUUGUGUUGCACAGAUUUAUACACCAUUUCCAAUCAAAAGGAUUGCGAACUCUACAGAGAAGAUAACGAUGAUGAUCUGAUAAUGAUGUAAACUGCUCAGAUCUACUGCAAUUGAAAGCUUAGAUGAAUCUGAUAUUUUUGUAUAUUUUUGUACAUACAGUAAUGUACAUAAGUAUUUUGGUACUAAAUCUUCCAUUUAGCUUUUUUGUAUCUUGCUUUUUAUCACAGGUUAGUUGCAGAGUUAGCUUUCUUGUAUGCUAAGAGAAGUCGCACAGAUACACAAGGAUGGAAGUGCUCCUUUUGGUUUGCCUUUGAAAAAGUCACAGUGGGACUGUGAGAGGAACAGCCUCAACUUGUGUUCACACCAGCAUUUGGGGUUUCUAACAUGGAUAGCAAAGCUCUUCUUGACUUUUGUGUUUUUUUUUUAUUUUGUGGAAUAUCAUCUCAACCCUUUGAAAUGUAUGUGCAUUUUUCUUCAUUAUGGUCAAAUUACUUAUUUGUCAAGUUCCUUAGAUAAAAAAGGAGCUUCUGAUCAACAACUACAAGAAAAUCAGGUAUUUGCACAAUAAGGCCAAGUUCAUAAGGACAUUUUGGUAUCUGUCUAAAAUGCAUCUCUUGCCAUGGAAUUUAGUGAGAAUGACGCAUUGACCGAUAGACAUCAACACAUGACAUUGACAAAAAUCCUUAGCUGUACAUUGAAAAAAGGUUCAGCAGAGUUGGACAUUUGAUUAAACAUACUCUUAUGUAAUCAUGUGCCAACCAGUAGGAGAUGGUCUGGGAUGGGCCCUAAGUCAAUCACAUAAGGGUACGCUGAGAUGGCAGAGCAUAUUCCAUUAAGAACAAAAGCUAUAUCCCAGAGCAGGAUGUGGAAAAUUUUCCAAUUUAAACAGAUAAGCUCCUGUCAGUGUUCAGGAGUUAACUAAUCAAAUAAGAGGGUAGGUAGAUUUCAGCUGAAGAGCACACACACACACACACACACACACACGUCUGUUCAGUUUGACAGAUUUUAAAUUUUAAAAAUAUUCAGCUUGAAGAUGGCAUAUGGCAUAUGUGCCCUCGGCUAAGUUGCCAUCACUGAGGAUUGCUGAGAAAUAGACGUUGAGUAUCUCUCACCACUGUGGCUUGGUAAAUCGCUUUGUUUUACUCUGUUUGCUUUCAUUGCCUCCAGAAAGAAUCUAUUUAGUUUGAUUCAUGAUGUUGAACUUCUCACCCAUGAAGAUUCACUCCGUCUCUGCUUUGUCAAACUUCUCUGAGGGUUAUUCCUUGCAGUUCAGACAUGGAGUUUUUGUCGAAUAUGCUGUCUUAAUGCACCUUAAGUGCCACUGUCAGCUCACAUCCAGAGGCGUACAAUCAAACUCUUAAAGAGUUACAGUGACAGCUUUUGAUGAGCUUUAACUUUCAUGCAAGAUGGGUUUUUCACAUUUGCAGCAGUUUCUGGGACCACUUAUCAUUAAUGAUACAUUAUUUCCUACCUAGUAUUUUUUUUAUAAAUUAAAAAACGCAGAUACCAGACUUUCACUCCAGUGAACUUUUUCUUAUUUGUGCAAAUGUUUGAUAAAAUAAUUGAAUUCAUUGAGUAAUAACAAACAAUAACCAGUGUAACACAAAGCCACAGUCACUGGGUAUUGACCCAUUCUGACCAAAUUUAAAAUCACUGACUCCGAGGAUUUCUGCAGUGCUGUGCUGUGUUCGCCCCAGUGUACCAAUUUCUCAAAACCGCUUAUCUUCCAGGUCAAACUUAGAGUUUCCGACUCUAAUUCUAAUCAUUAUUCCUAGUCACCCAAUGAUCUCCACCCACAUUUUUUUUCCGACAAAUAUCAAUAUGUCCAAUAUGAAUGCAGCCUACAAAAUUUGUGCUUGUUCAAAGACGUUACUGUGUGUUACUGGUGCUACUAAGCAGCUGCUCUCUCUGCAGCUUUAGACUUUUGCAGUGCUAUUCGUCCCAUAUUUCUCUUUUCUAUACAAAUCUACUUUGAAAUUAGGUAAAUGAAGCAGCCUGUAAAUUGUAGGUGAUGCUGUAAACAAACAGGUUCAGGCUCUGAGUUGCUUUGGAGAAUCACAUGAAUGGAAAUCACUUGAUAGGAUUGAAUUCUGGUGCAGAAGUUUUGCCUAUUCACACAGAUCCCCAGUUAAUACUAUUAACACGGUGUUAUUAAUACCAUGUUUUACUGUACAAAGACUGUACACUGAAGUACAUGUGCUAUCUGUAUAUUAGAUGCCUUUACUUGAACCCCCAGUAAGUGAAUGUAUAAAUAAGGUAAGGUUGCUACUGGGUCACAACUUUGUUUAUUUCCAAGAUAAUAAUAAUAAACUAAAACAAACGUG